UGCUCUCUUUCUGGUUGCUGGAGGUUCUGGCUGGAGAUACCCGCUCUCGCUGCACUGUGCUGGGGCACCCAGAGAUCCUCGGCUAUCCCUAGAGCCCGCCUUCCCUGCCUGGCACUCCUUCCCAGCUCUCUCAGUUGCAUAGACACCCAAGGGGUGUGCCAGUAAGUGAUGGAACUGGCUACCUUGAACCUCAGCGAGGGGAACGGGAGUGAUCCAGAGCCUUCCGCCGCCGCGGAGUCCAGGCUGCUGUUUGGCAUCGGCGUGGAGAACUUCAUCACGCUGGUGGUGUUUGGCCUGAUAUUCGCGAUGGGCGUGCUGGGGAACAGUUUGGUGAUCACUGUGCUGGCGCGCAGCAAACCCGGCAAGCCGCGCAGCACCACCAACCUGUUCAUCCUCAACCUGAGCAUCGCAGACCUGGCCUACCUGCUCUUUUGCAUUCCCUUCCAGGCCACCGUGUACGCACUGCCCACCUGGGUGCUGGGCGCCUUCAUCUGCAAGUUCAUACACUACUUCUUCACCGUGUCCAUGCUCGUGAGCAUUUUCACCUUGGCAGCGAUGUCUGUGGACCGCUACGUGGCCAUCGUGCACUCGCGGCGCUCCUCCUCCCUCAGGGUGUCCCGCAACGCGCUGCUGGGCGUGGGCUUCAUCUGGGCGCUGUCCAUCGCCAUGGCCUCGCCAGUGGCCUACCACCAGCGCCUCUACCAUCGGGACAGCAAUCAAACCUUCUGCUGGGAGCUUUGGCCCAACCAGCUCCACAAGAAGGCUUAUGUGGUGUGCACUUUCGUCUUUGGCUACCUCCUGCCCUUACUGCUCAUCUGCUUUUGCUAUGCCAAGGUCCUUAACCAUCUGCAUAAAAAGUUGAAGAACAUGUCAAAAAAGUCGGAAGCAUCCAAGAAGAAGACCGCACAAACCAUCCUGGUGGUGGUUGUGGUUUUUGGCAUAUCCUGGCUGCCCCAUCAUGUCGUCCACCUCUGGGCUGAGUUUGGAGCCUUUCCGCUGACUCAAGCUUCCUUCUUCUUCAGGAUCACUGCUCACUGCCUGGCAUACAGCAACUCCUCUGUGAACCCCAUCAUAUAUGCCUUUCUCUCAGAAAACUUCCGGAAGGCAUACAAGCAAGUGUUCAAGUGUCACAUCCACAAAAAGUCGCUCCCCGGUGAUACUAAAGAAAUCAAGAGCCGAAUAGACACCCCACCAUCCACCAACUGCACCCACGUGUGAAGGUUGGUGGGGUGGGGGGGCCUCCCAGCUCCCAUGUGGGUUAGAACGAAGAGAGUACAGGGAACUCUCGUGAAACAUGGCAGCUUGUUCUCCUUGUGGCAAUUCAUACCAUCCUAACUACAUUCCACAGCUGUUAAAGUACUUGAUCGUUUAGAAACCCCUGGGUCCACUGAAGAUUAUUUUCUAGCUUUGUUUCAUUUUAUAAUUAUAUUUCUGAAAGAAAAGAAAGUUCUGUUAUAUAGUUCAUGUCUCUCAAGAAGUGAGAGGCUAGUAGCAUUCUACAGAUGUGUUCAGAUCUCUGUGGAAUAAAGCCAGUUCUGUAAAAACAAUGAAGAGUAUUUGAAAUCUACAUUUUAAAGUCAGCUAAUUUAGGGAAAAACUUUUUUCCUUUAGUUUUGAGAGGAGAGGUAAUAUUCUAGGCCGUAUGUUUUCAAAUGCAAUUGUGAUGCAGAAUAGUGGAUUUUAUUCCAUUGAACCUUCAUAGUCAGGCACAUCUUCUGUGUGGAAGAGGGGUGGCUUUUCAAAGUCAGCUUUUAUGGGUAGCCAGAGGUCUGUCUGGGAACAUGAGGACCACCAAGUUCACCUCAGGAGAUCAGCAGCAGCUCUACUUUGAAACAAUCCUGUGAACAGGGAAGUGUAGGGCAAACUAAGCAAUGUCCAGGAUUCUGCUGGGGACUUCCAAUCUGGCACAAGCACCAGAGCGUGAGUCCUGAGAAAGAAAACUGCGUGCUGUAACUGUAAGAAUGCUCUUGGAAAAUGCAUCAGCUAUGCCUCCCAAGAACCCAUGAGACUAGUCAUCCCAUAACCUCUGUGGGAUUGAAAACUGGACAAAAUUAGACCCUGGGUAAUAUCCAUACAACUUGGAGAAAGCAAGAGAGACAUUUGACUCAGAAUGACUGAAGGUAAAGAACCAUGUGGCUUCUACCCUUCUGCUCUAAGAUAGAGGUGGUGGGCAAGAUUUCAUUUUUAGGUUCCACAAUGCUCACAUGAUCAGGCAGAGGCUUCUUGGGGCCAGUCUUAUCACUUGGGUCCCAGGGCAGCAUGAUUUUCACUUUGAUGCCCAGCACACCCUGUCUGAGGAGACGUGGUGCACAGCAGUGUCAACGUAGUAGUUAACAGGGUCUCCACUGUGGAUCAUCAGUCCAUCCACAAACUUCAUGGACUUGGAUCUCUGUCCUCGUAGCUUCCCAGGCACCACAAUCAUUUCCCUCAAAUAUGAUUCCCGGGGUAAUGUUAAUUUAGAGUUAGAAUCUUUACCACUUAACUCACAAAUGUAAUUUUCAUGACAAUUUCAUAUUUAUUUAUAUUUAACUCACAAAUGUAAUUUUCAUGACAAUUUCAUAUUUAUUUAUAUUUAACUCACAAAUGUAAUUUUCAUGACAAUUUAAUAUUUAUUUAUACUUGCUGUAGGAAAAUGCUGUGAAAAUACUAAAUUGUCCUAUCUCAGAAGAAUAAUGAUUAGAUUCAAGGCUUUGAUAUAUUUUAGGAGGCAGGAAACAAAAGCAACAUGCUUUGCUUUUUUUUUUUAACCAGAAAGGAUGUUGUUUCUGUGCCAAAUCAGGACUUCCUAUGAUGUAUGUAAUUUAGGUUAAAAUACAAAUGUAAUGUAAGUUUUUGGCUUGUUAAAUUUCCUAGCUCAUCCAUUUAUUCUCAUGACUAUCUCCUCGUAAACAGUGUUUACAUUUGCAAAGGCCUAAGUCAUUCUCUGGACGGAAAAAGGAAAACUGUUAAAAUCACGGGGAAUGAUGAGUUUUCAGUGGUUGCCAGGGAAGAACAUGCCUGCUGGUGUAGGUGGAUAUUUUAAAGAGAAUUUUAAGCUCUUUGCAUGAUUUUUUUUGGUCAUUUGUUUGGACUUUAUUUAGUGUUGGAACAGAAGUAUUUUGUCUUGAAACAGAUACCUCACAUGGAUUGUGGAACCGGAAGCUCUCAUUGUAGAUGUCGGCAUGCCUUCUUCAUUCACACUGUCCACAGAGAGGCUUGGUCAAACCCGUGUGUGAGAGAGAUUUUUCUGUGCUGUAAUGAUUCCCUGGUUCUCUCAUGGUCAGAGGCGUUUUUUGAUGCAAGUGUUUAAUGGCAGUGUGGCUAAGGCAGAGCUUGUCUAUAAGGUGUGUUGGUGUGAGUGUUGGCAUCAUGUGUUCAUACACCUAUAGCUGUGCCCUCCCCAGAUAGAAGCAUCUAAAGGUCAGAGCUACAGCAAGAGAAUGAUAACUUGUAACCACAAAGGCCAAAUUUGCUGAAUAUUGAUGCUUCCUGUGGAUCUUAGGCUACUUCCUGCAAAGACAGGAGACUAAGUGGGGUUUUCUGGAAAGUGUCCCCAAGACCUGGGCCAGAUCAGUCAUCCAGAUGGAUAAAGGGAGAGCCCAUCAAUGUGCCAAACGUCUUUCAAUGUAGCUCUUCCAAGAUCAGUUUGGAGGCACACUGGAUGCUGGUGACCCCCUUCCAUCCCACACUGCAUGCUGGUUACAUCCCUUCAAUACCACACUGGAUGAUGACCAUCUGCCUGAUACAACAAGCAUGCAUCCUAUAGCCAGGAGGAAGAGGAAAUGUGUGGGUCUUUGAAGUCGGGUGGCUGAAGAGCUCUCCUUCUUAGGGUGUUUCACAGAAAAUUGAUGUUUUCUCUACAAGCUUUUCAGUUUCAGUGCUAUUAUUCUGUGGGGCCUUUCUUGGGAAUAUUUAAAUAGCAGAAAUGCUUGCUGCUACACACACACACACACACACACACACACACACACACACACACACACACACCCUAUUCUAGUUCCCACUUAGGAGUACAGUCAGCAACAUUCCCGAGAGGUAUUGUAACAGACUUGUUCUGUGCUAUUCUGACCACAUAUGUAUUCAGCAGUGUCAGAGACUGAGGCUCCUUUUUGAAUAUUUUAGGCAAAUUAUUAUUGCUUUUGACUAAAUUGUUCUAUUUACACAUUGGGAGUACAACGAUUUCCUGUCCCCCUCUGUCCAUCUUUUGUACUUUUAUCCUCUUGUCUCAACUUCUUACCUCUCCAGAAAUCCUUACCUAUGGUUUUCACAGUUGUCUCCCCCAGGCAGCAGAGGCUGGAAGAAAGAGAUGGCAGACUGCUGGUUUCAUGAGUCAUGCAGUGCCUGGAGCUGCUUACAAGUCAGCUUUGAACCAGGAUGGGGGGGGCACUGCUUUCCCCUAUCUCUCAGGUGCACAGAGGUCCAGCGGUGAUAGCUUCCCUCUGCUGACUGAUACCCCAGGUCAGAUGCUUCUAUUAGGAGAGGCCCACCUGCCUAAGUACCUGCUUCCUUCCAUUCUGGACUAGAGUCCUUCAGCACUGCCAUGCUUAUAGUAAAACCAUCUUGCAUAGUAAGAACAAUGGGCAUGCGACUGCAUCAUGCUCUUAGCUUUAAGGGUUCGUUACAUGUUUACAUAUCAUAGAGCAUGGAAACUGAAGAAAUGCAUGAAUAGGAAGAUUCCAUGGGGAAACUCAGCUGUCUAGAGUGUGCCGGCUCUCAUCUGUGUGGGUUGCAAAUGUUUCUCAUGUUUUCAAUUUGUAAGUGGCUGUCUAGGGAAGUGAGUCAGAUCCUACUAAAGAGUGGCAUGUUGGGUUUCUUCUUGAUGCCCUGUUAAUAAUCUGUCUAGUUAAUACUUUGUUUAUUGUAGGACCACACACAGCAGGUUGCCAACGGACCUUGUCAUUGAAGCUGAUUGGCUUUCAAAUGGUUGUAUAUGACUUAAGUUAACACCAUAAUUGAAUAUUUUCCCUCUUAAAUGGAAAAGUUGGUUAUAAAGAACUGGUUAAAAGGCUUCCCAUGUGGAUGCAGGCUGCUUCUGUGUGAGACUAGCGUGUUUCAGGUAACAUGUAGUCGAGGUGUUCGGUGGUUCUCUUAUGCACACGUUGUGCCUCUGACUUCUCAGUGUUACAGGCUCAGAAGCUGCUCUGUGGGUCUAAGGUGAUGCUGUCUAUGUGCUGAUGGCAUGGAGAAACACUAGCAGCCCUAGACAUCUGCCCCUGGAUGGCCUUGGUGGCUGGCUGUGUCCUGUCAGUCCUCUUGCUGGUUCCAUGAGCAUCCCAGACUCUUAAGUGCUGUUCUGGGUACAGUGACAGUACUAUGGCCACAUGAGUGAGUGAGGAGAGGGGAAGGGAGUGAGUUUCCCACCGCUACAUGCCCAGUAGAAAUGACUCUGUCGAGAUUUCCUGAAUCCACACGGUGCUGGCUGGGGUUGGUGGGUUGAAUGGUUGCAUGAGAGUCCAUCCUAUUGCUCAGGCUUUUGACAUCACCUUGGGUGGAAAGUCUGAUCUUUUUCUAGAGAACAGACAUCAGGACACUGCAGGCUGUACUAUGUAGCUUUGGAUGCUCAGAGAUGCCAAAGUAUUGAAAAGACUUAGAUUGAAUCUGGUCUUCACCAUGCAUGUUCUCUAGCAUCUUGGAGUAUGGGAGUCAGUGUGAUAACCCCUAGUUGACUGAGCUUUGAGCGCUGUGGGUUUCUUUGAGAUGGUGUCUACAAUAGCACCGCACUUCAAAAGAUUAGACACUAAUUGUUAAAACUGGCUCAUUUGUGUGGCGUCAAAUGCCUGUGGAUCCACGAAGCCUUUUCUAGCUUAGCUUGUUUUGGGUAUUGAAGCUUCCCAGCCACAUGGUGACAGAGGAGGAAGGACUGCCUGACUGCCUGAUUCAGGCUGGCUGUGGGUAACCCUUCCACAUAGUAUAGUCUCAGGGUGGGGCCAGCCUUUCCAGGGACAGUUGACCAUGUGACCACCCGUCAUUGUGUUCUAAGAAGGAAGAACUUUGUUAGUGACUGGAAUCAGUGCCAGUCCUGGACCUUCAGAGGGAACUCAAGGAAUCAGGACCCUGGGAUUACUCAGGAUCUGUGGACUACAAGUACACGGACCCUUGCUGAACUGUUCAGGAAACCCCAGGCGGGUUCCAGGGCUUGCUUCUGGGUUUCUGCACUUCAGGGGAGUUCUCCAUGGGAGGACAGUAGGCAUGAGAUGGUUGGUCAAGCAGCCUCCAGUUACUCUGUCUAGCAGGUGACUUCCAGGCCAGUCAACCGCAGACAUCUGUGAACUAUUCCUCUGGAAAGAGAAGGGCGAACACGAGGCAUGUACUGGUCCUUGUCUGUGUGAAUUUUUCUAUCCUUCCGCACUCACUGCUUCUCAAACGCCCCUGGUGUUGCUUGCCCCUACAGUUUUCUUAGCUUUAGCCAUAGUUCCACACUUGGGUAGACUCUGUCAGUAAGGAGGGAUAGCCAGAGCUUGGCCAUGCUUUUCACAUUCUCGUUGCUUGCUUUGGACUGAGGAUUCUUCUCGGCUCUCUCUCACAGCUAAGUGUGAGAAAUGCAGGAUCUAAUAGCAAACUGUUUCCGUAACAGAUCAAAGGUGGCUCAUCAGUUCUUCCCCACAGUCACAGAACACAAGAGCAGGCCAGACAUGACUGGCAUAACACCCAGGCCUUGAGCAUGCCACACCUCUGAGAACUUAUUCCUGGUGUGUUGUUACUUCUGAGAUGCCCCAACUCAGUGGUGGAGGUGUGCCAGCUGAAUGAGAGCAAUCUCAACUCCCGCAUCAUCAGAGUCUCCCGGGGAAACUCCACUAUGCUCUGGAGAGCCCUGAAUUCCCUGCCCUUCCAGGAUCCAUCUCUAUAGGAACAUUGUAGCUGGUGAUGAGUUUCCAUAGCCCUGUCUUAUUUAUUCUUCCUAGCAUGCCACAAGACAAGAUGGGCUGUAGAUGCCUAUGUCCCAGGGAAUACCUGGUGACCUUGAGGAAUCAGGGUGAUCUUGUUAUUGAACUUGUCACCUUAGGUGUCGCUGGUGAAACAAAGACUCCAGUUACAAACAGCUGAGGUUCAAGAAGGUAGAACUAGGAGGGGCUCUAUCUAAUUAGUAUGGAAGGAAUCACUGUGAACAACAUUGGAAAACAUUGGACAACAUUGGGAAAUCCACCCAGCAUUGGCUAUGAGAGUGUUUCUGUGUUGGAAAGCAAGCAGGUUUUUUCUCUUUUUUUGUUUUUACUUCUAGAGAAUACAGAUGCAGUAAAAGAAAGCAGCUUCCAUGAGCAAGCUCAGUGGCAGGCAGGGACACACAAGCUUCGAGGCUUCUGUGCUCUGGGUCUGUGAUGGGAAGGAACACACCAUUACCAGGACUGCUUCAUCAUGGCCUGUGGUGGGAAGGAGCACACCAUUAUCAGAGCUGACAUGGGAUUUAUUUAUUUAUUUUUUAAUUUAUUUGUUUAAUUUAGAAUCCAUCUUAUUUUACAUAUCAAUCACUAACCCCCCCAUCCACUCCUUAGAGAGGGUGAGACCUUCCAUGGGGGAUCAUCAAAG